AUGAAAGUCUACUGGAAAAGCAUAACUGGUUUAUUGGGUGCUUACACAGCCAUUAUUCUUUCUAUUAAGUUUUUGUUUAUGCCAAAUAUAGCUAUUACAAUUAACAAAUUCAUUCUAUUAUAUAGUGUUUCUUUCACUUAUCUUCAUGCUGAUAUAAUAUGUUAG